GGCUCGCGACCGCACCCAUGGUGCUGGCGGAGGCCAACGCCAGUGAAGUCCGACUGGCGGAGGAGCCGGACGACACAGUGCCCGCCGAAGCCACUGUGUUCCUGGGUGCCGUCGGUGUGCUGCUCGUCCUCCUUCUCCUGGCCUUUCUCUACAUGAACAAGCGCAUUUGCCUGUACGACCUGGGAGGACACUGCUGCGAGGAGCUCCUGGCCAAGCCCUCCCACUACAACGUCCGGACGAGUGUUCACGAGCCGGCGGACGGCGGCGACAGCUCGUCAGAGCCGGACGAGACCGUGCACGGCGGCAUCGGGUACGAGCGGCCCAGCCUCUACCGACAGUUCAGCCUGCAGCCUGCGCCGGCGGGCACCGCCCCCGACCGGCCACCCUCCACAGAUAGGGGACCGGACCUCAGCCUGGCCGAGCGGGGCAGGGUCGGCGGAGGCACCUCGUCCUCCUCGUCCUCCACCACGUCCGGCGAGGACGAUCUGACGUCAUCACUGCGUCACCGUGACGUCAGACGGCAUGGCCAGCUGUCGGGCCGCACCCGCAGUCUGGACGCGCCGCCGGAGGCCUCGACAGCACCAUGCCUGGGUCCACGCAUCACCCACACAGAGGAGCGUCUGUUUGACGUGGCUGACCUGGAGGAGCCCGAUCUUCGGUCGCCCUGCGGAGCCGUGGAGGUGGCCUUCGCGUACGACUUCCCGACCAAGAAACUAACGGCACAGCUGCUGCAGGCGCGGAACGUACCCAGCCGGGACAGGGGCGGAGCCAGCAGCGCGCAGGUGCGCCUGGUCCUUCUGCCCGGAAAGAAGUCGCGGCUCCGCAGUCGGGUACAGCCCGGACCGAACCCGCAGUUCAACGAGGCGCUGGUGUUCCACAAAGUCGGCGCGGAGGACCUGCCGUCCAUGGGGGUGCGGCUGCGGCUGUACGGCUGCGAGCGGCUGCGGCGAGAGAGGAUGAUCGGCGAGGCGGCCGUGCCCUUCUCCAGCGUCAACAUGGAGCAGCAGACGCCCCAGUGGGUCAGCCUGCAGCCCAGAGCCAACAUGACGCUGGCGCCGAGCGGCAGCAGCGGCGACAUCAGCUCCCUGUCCCGGAGCGACAGCACCGGCAGCACGCAGAGCAUCCAGCGAGGCGGUCUGCCGGAGCUGCUGCUGGGUCUGCAGUACAGCGCCGCCACCGGCCGGCUGGCCGCCGAGGUCGUCAAGGGCUCCCAGUUCAGGUCGAGCGUGGGCAGCCGGGCGCCAGACACGUACGUCAGGCUUCACCUGCUGACCUGCAACGGUCAGGAGAUAGCCAGGAGCAAAACGUCGCUCAGGCGCGGACAGCCUAACCCGCUCUACAAAGAGACAUUCAUUUUCCAGGUGCCUCUUUUUCAGCUUUGUGACGUCACGUUGAUGGUCAGCGUCUACAACAAACGCAGCAUGAAGAAGCGAGACCUGAUUGGCUGGUUCGCACUUGGCCACAACAGCUCUGGCGCCGAGGAGCGCUCCCAUUGGACGGACCUGAGACACGCGCGCGAUGUGCAAAUCUGUCGGUGGCACGUGCUGUGCGAGGAGUAAGGCCCGCUCUUUCUGGCCUCACUUACUGUGCUUUGCAACAUGCCAACGUUGUUGAAGCUUACCGAUUGCAAGCAGCUAUUUCGCCUGGGAGAGAUCCACGGGUACGCAAGUCAAGUGCUGUGUAAUUACCUAUGUAUUAGUUAAGCCUUCGAGCUUGGGGAUACACCAGGGACACACCAUAAUCUAGCGUGGAGCAAAAGCACAUUCCUCUUAAUUUAAAACUACGCCCAAGUUGAGCCGAAUCUCGCGCCUUGCUUGACUUACGCCCAUUUUGAUGCCUUCGGCAGCUGUGUUUAACCUCCUACGUAAAGUCUAAAGAGAUGCGUUGUGGAUCCUCCCUCGCUUCAGCGCGUGUGAGCACCUGAGUUCUAUUAACAUGACUAAUAGGCUGAGCUUAUCACUAGCUUGCAGCUCGACGUCGGUCGGUACAGCAUCCUACCCAAUGCCAUUGCUGGCCGGGUACCCCUCUUAUUCUUAAAUGCUGAGCUUAUUCUUUUCACGACAUAGAUUUACAAGUUGAGCUUAAAGCUAUUUAGAUUCUUGAAGACCCUUUAACGACGAAUCGCAUCAUGUUUUACUUUUGCGCUUUAUUACUGGUGCACUUAAGUUUCCCAAUGGCCCACGUAAGGCAUAGACGGGACAGGAAUGGAAUGCGCGGUGCCGACCACCGAACAGUAGGGUGAAUAGUUCCUUUGUUAUUCGGGAAUUUGUGAACCGAUUUUUGUGAAUCCUGACCUGCAUCUCCUGCAACGUGCCUGUUAGACCUGUUUCGCUGCACCUUUGAUGCGCAUCGUAUGAGAUGAGAAAAGCAGACACAUGGCACGGGCAGGGAGGUCGUGUGUUUGUCAUGUCCCUAUUUAGCUGGUUUCACGAAGUCCCCUGCGGGAAAACAUAAUUUGUACAAAGCGCGACUGUGACUGGACUGUUGAACCUUUGAUAAGAACGCGUGCUGGCCACGCUUAGUUGGACAUUGCUGCUCAACUUCCUGUUUAUCAAGACGCACAAGUAUUGUAACACAGCAUGGCUGCGUAUCAUUACGCGAAUGUCUACGUCCCGCACGGGAAAGGUAUUAUGUGCACCCUCAAUUUAACCUAUGUAGAAUGUGCAGUAGGUAAGAGCGAAGUUAUAUGCAUAUAUCUACGACAUUUUUUCCAGGGUGCGGUGUCUGGGAUCGUUAUGGCACAUGUUUUGCGUGUAAAAAGUAAUCAUCAGUGGCGUAGCCAGGAUUUCGCCCAGAAAGGGCCCAAUUCGGGUCCUGCGGGGCCUUUUCAGCUAAGGUGACCCACAUCGUCGCUAUAGCGGCCCUGUUUUGUACUCAGAGGGACUUGAGAAGCUCGUGACUCUAUUUUGAUGCCUCGGGGUAGGUUUUGGAUGUUUUCGAAGCCUUGUGAGCGUCUUAAGCUGACAAAAAAGGACUGGGUCGCAGGCCCAGGGGCCCUGCCACCUCUGCAGAGUGGCCAUGGCCCCAAAAACCUCACACUGUUUCACCAUUGGCAACCAGAGUCAGCAUUCUGCACUGAGGAGGCACCCGAUCCAGCUAUUGAAGCAAACAAAGUAGUAGUUCGUUGAGAAAACAACUGCAGUAAAAUGGCUGCUGGUGAGCUUUGACAGUUGCGAGUUGCGCCACACGCUGGGAGCGCAGUUGAUUAUGGGCGCGUCAAAGUGAACUUGAUUUCGAGUGGCAACGACAAGCAUGCCAAUUGUCUUUCUUUGUUCGCUGAUGUACGUACCGCAUUUGAGCGCGCGAGUUAUGAACAUGGUGUACCACAUGCGAGCACAAUUGUCAGUAUUUUUGUCGUAGUAUACCACACUGGACACUUCGCAGAUAUUGCCUUGCAGUGGACGCCAGUACUUUUCUGCAGUCGUUUAGUGUUCUUGCAAAUGCAUUCCCUGGAGGAAUGUUGUGUUGUACACAGUGAUCGCUGCCGGCCUUCACUCAUUAUGUGAGCCCGGCAGCGGUACGGUCCUAUAUGCGUCCGUCAAAACCCGAAACACGAACAUUGGCUUUGGUAUGCAUCAAGUGUACACGGUUGAGAUAAAGUAGCGCAGUUACUGCUGACAUUUGCCUUCUGGAUCCCAUCUAUCUGACCAGACCACAUCAAGCCCAGCCUGUCCUGGCCGUAGCCCAGGUCCCUGUCCAGCCGCUCACCACCCUGCUGACCGCUCAGAUUCCGCUCGGCUGCCCCCACCCGGAGCCCUGCUGGUGACAUCACACUCCGUCACCGGUG